AUGUCGCUCGUUUCGGGAGAGAAGACGAACUUUCAGUUCAUCUUGCGUCUUCUGAACACCAAUGUCGACGGCAAGCAGAAGGUUAUGUACGCCUUGACCAAGAUCAAGGGUGUCGGUCGCCGAUACUCAAACUUGGUCUGCAAGAAGGCUGAUGUCGACCUGAACAAGCGUGCCGGUGAACUCACCUCGGAAGAGCUUGAGCGGAUCGUCACGAUCAUCCAGAACCCUACCCAGUACAAGAUUCCCUCUUGGUUCCUCAACAGACAGCGCGACAUCGUGGACGGCAAGGACUCGCAGAUUUUGGCCAACGGUGUCGACUCCAAGCUGCGUGAUGACUUGGAGCGCUUGAAGAAGAUUCGCGCCCACCGUGGUCUCCGCCACUACUGGGGUCUCCGUGUCCGUGGUCAGCACACCAAGACCACUGGUCGCCGUGGUCGAACUGUCGGUGUCUCCAAGAAGAAGGGUGGUUAA